AUGCUUGAUCAGUCCUUCUCCUAUGACUGCAGAGAUGAUAUCGGUCUCGCCCAGCUUCUACAACAACAGCUGAAGCUGUUCGGCGAGGAGGUUGCAAUUGAGAGCGAUGGGCGCUCUAUCACCUUUCACGAGUUGCACUUGAAAGCAUUGGACCUGGUGCACAAAAUCCGCAAAUAUCAGAUUCGCCCCGAAGAACCUAUUGGCAUCCUGACGUCGCGUGGGGCCAGCCAUAUAAUCUCUCAGGUUGCUAUUGUGUAUGCGGGUGCAUCUUGCGUCCCUCUCGAUGGCGAGCAUUCGGAUCAACACCUCGGCAAUCUUCUACAGAACCUGGGUGGUUCGAUAAUAUUGACUAGCAUGCUGUACCAAUCCCGGCUCCCCGAGUUCAAGCACAUCGCUGUCACUCCAGUCUCGGAGACGAGUGCUGCCUUGAACACGAUUGAGGUUUCCAGAAACGGGCCAAUGUCCCGGACUCAUCUCUUCCACACCUCUGGAUCGACAGGAAAACCCAAAGCGGUGCAAGUAUUGGCUGUGGGGCUGGUUAACUUGGUAUUUAACGAAUUCCAACCGGUGCACCGAGGACAUCGCCUCGCCCAUGUCUCCCAUAUUGGAUUCGACGUCUCACUGUGGGAAAUUUGGUCGGCGCUGUUGCACGGAGCUACAUUGGUGGUCUUCGACCGCGGUGACAUAUUGGACCCUUGGAUCUUCACGGAACGGUUAAAAAAAGAAAAAAUCGAUGUGAUGUGGCAGACAACUUCACUGUUGGCCACCGUCGCCUUGACAUGCCCCAAGGCCUAUUCCAACGUUGAUACACUUUUGACUGGCGGAGAAGCAAUCAAUCUCCAAACUAUCCGGGUAAUUCUAGCCAACGGCCCACCACGACGCCUUUUCAAUGUCUACGGCCCGACGGAACUAUCUGUCUUCACUACAUAUCAUCAGGUUUCCGUCGAGGACGUCACCAGCGGCCAUAUACCGAUCGGGAGACCCUUGGGAAACUACGCAGCCUUUGUUGUGGAUGAUGAUCUGCAGCCAGUAUCUGAUGGUACGGUCGGCGAACUGCUAGUCGGCGGUGCGGGCGUUGCAGCGGGCUAUUUCGCUAAUCCAGAGAAGACUGCCAUGGUAUUCGUCAACGUGCCUCAUCUCCCUGUUACCUGCAAAAUGAGCACAGGCUUGCUCUAUCGCACCGGUGACCUGGUGCGAAGGGAUAGGGCAGGAAUCAUUUCCUAUGUUGGCCGCGGAGACAACCAGGUAAAAAUUCUGGGCCAGCGAGUAGAGCUGGAAUCGAUUGAAAGGUGCCUCGUGAAGACAAUGCUUGUAUCCACGGCGGUGGCCAUGAAGGUGGAGGCGGAAGACGAAGGAGGCUCCAUGCUGCUGGCUCUCGGACAAGAUUACCCCCAAGAGAUCAUUCGGAGCUAUCGUGAGCAAGAGCCGCAGAUGAUGGUCCCGCGACUCAACUUGGUGGGACGUCUUGCGCUCACUCGCAGUGGAAAGAUCGACCGAAAAGUUCUUGCCCGGGAGUACAGUGAGCACCUCCAGUCAAUGAGAAGCGCGCGUAGCCAGCUCAAUAUGGCAGACGACGUCGAAAGCCGGCUCCGUACAAUAUGGCUUGAUAUCCUGCAAGUUGUGGGGAUUAACCUCAAAAGUACUGAUGACUUCUUCGCACUUGGCGGUACAUCCUUACAAACGGCCCUUCUGGUAUCGAAAAUCCAGCAGUCAUUUGGCGUUGGGAUUCGUGUGGCGGCGUUGUUCGAAAAGCCCACGUUAAAAGACAUGUGCGAUCUAGUGACUGAAGCUCGGAAUGGAACACACUUGGCCGACAACACCUCCGAUAUGGCGAUUUGGCUUCAAGACUCUAUUCUUGGCAGGGACCUCAGGCCUAUCCCUGGCUCGUUGCCCAAUUGGAAAGCCAAGCUAGAGGGCCGGGUUUUUGUUACAGGGGUGACUGGCUUUGUUGGUGCAUUCUUUCUGGCAGAGCUUGUUGCUAUGCCGGAGGUAAAUAAAGUCGCGUGUCUGGUACGAGGCCAAGAUCAGGCCGAAGCGCUGCUGCGAAUUGAGCGAUCCCUAGAAAAGUAUGGGUUAAGCUUGGGGCCAGUGCAAAAGAGCAAAAUCCUCGCUGUUCCCGGGGACUUUGCCCAGGCCGACCUAGGACUGAGUGGGAAGAACUAUCGAGCUUGGGCAGAGUGGUCAAGUGUUGUGUUUCACCUGGGCGCACAAGUCGACUUCUUGCAACCUUACUCGAGCCAUCGGGCCGCGAAUGUAUUGGGCACCUUAAAUAUGAUUCGAUUUUCCAACACCGAGCGCCCGAAGGCCCUACACUACACAUCGAGUAUCAGUGCUUUUGGUCCUACGGGGAUGGUUAUGGGGGCAAAUACCCCAAUAUCGGAGGAUGAGAAGCCAGCUGCCCAUAUCAAGGCCCUCUCAUACGACACGGGAUAUGCGCAGAGCAAGUGCGUAGCCGAAGGAAUCGUCUGGGACGCGGUCAAGAAUGGGCUGCCAGUAACGAUCCACCGCCUGGGGUUCGUGCUAGGGCAUAGCAAGACCGGGAUAAUUAAUUCAGGGGACUUCUUUGGCCGAGUGAUCCCCGCCUGUAUCCGAAUGGGCUGCUUCCCACUCCUCCCACGGCAGCGAGAGGACUUUGUUUCCGUGGACUGGGUUGUUUCCACCAUUUUACAUAUUGCAUCCAGCCCAGGCAAUCAUGGCCAGGCCUAUAACCUUGUCCAGCCAGAUCCUGCCUCCGUCAUCAAUCUGUCUACCACAUUUGACUUGAUUGACCAACUCGUUGAGGACCGACGCAUGCGAGAAGUCCCAUACUCGGACUGGAUCCAGGCUCUUUCCCUGAACCCUGAUCCCCAGUUGCUUGGUUUGAUCCCUAUGUUAACGGAAAAGGUCAGAGGGGACCUCACCCGGUGGCAGAUGCAGCAAGAUAUGCCUCUGUUUAGCACAGAGAACCUCCAUCGCGCCCUCGCUGGUGCGCCGGACCUGUUGCUUUGCCCCAAUCCCUUAACCCUGAUUCCAAAAUAUUUUCGAUAUUGGUUGCAAGCAGCUAACCUUUGA